AUGUUGAUCAAAGGGCAUCAAAUUAAGGUACCAAUUUUCCUCCUCAUCAAUUUGGUCCUUAUUUUUCUCGUUUCUACAGUCAAUGGCGUUGAAUCUAGGAAACUUGAUGAGACCUCCGUGCCCGCCACAAACAGCACCGACGAAAAGUGCGGUUCAUGCGGCACCGUCUACUCCUCCCCUCCGCCACCGGCGAUUCCACCACCGUCGCCACCACCGCCGAAGAAAACACCCACGCAGUAUUGCCCCCCGCCACCACCUUCCUCCUACAUAUACAUAACUGGCCCUCCAGGGAACUUGUAUCCCAUCGAUGAGGAUUUCAGCGCCGCCUCCACCCACCGCCGGAGCUUCGCCGCCGUGUUGUUGCCACUUUUUGUUGGCUUGCUUUGCACGCUUGCAUUUCGGUGA